UUGAGUACCUUUGGGGAAGCCCGCCCCCCGAGUGGCCGCCAUGGGGGACGACAGCGAGUGGAUGAAGCUUCCCGUCGACCAGAAAUGUGAACACAAGGUGUGGAAAGCCCGUCUAAAUGGAUAUGAAGAAGCUCUGAAGUUGUUCCAGAGGAUAGAAGAUGAGAAGAGUCCAGAGUGGGGGAAGUACCUAGGACUGAUAAAGAAGUUUGUCACAGACUCUAAUGCUGUGGCUCAGCUUAAAGGCCUGGAGGCUGCCCUGGCCUUCGUUGAAAAUGCCCAUGUAGCCGGCAAAACGACAGGUGAGGUGGUGUCCGGCGUGGUGACCAAAGUGUUCAACCAGCCAAAGGCCCGAGCUAAGGAGCUGGGCGCAGACAUCUGUCUGAUGUACAUCGAGAUCGAGAAGGCUGAGGUAGUUCAAGACGAGCUCCUCAAAGGACUGGACAACAAGAACCCCAAGAUAGUGGUGGCCUGCCUUGAGACACUCAGGAAGGCCCUCAGUGAGUUUGGAUCUAAGAUAGUGACGUUAAAGCCAGUGGUGAAGAUUUUACCCAAGCAGUUUGAGUCCAGAGAAAAGGCGGUGAGAGACGAAGCCAAGCUUCUGGCUGUAGAGAUCUAUAAAUGGAUCAGAGACGCUCUGAGACCUCCGCUGCAAAACAUCAACUCCGUACAGCUGAAGGAGCUGGAGGAGGAGUGGGUGAAGCUGCCUUCAUCUCCUCCUAAGCAAACCCGGUUCCUUCGCUCACAGCAGGACCUGAAGGCUAAGUUUGAACAGCAACAAGCCCAAGGAGGAGAACCGUCUGACGGAGAAGAUGAGGUAGAAACAGUGGCAGCAGUGGAUCCUUAUGAACUGCUGGAAGCUGUGGAGAUUCUGUCCAAGAUGCCCAAAGACUUCUAUGAAAAAAUAGAAGCUAAAAAGUGGCAGGAGAGGAAAGAAGCUCUGGAGGCUGUAGAGGCUCUGACCAAGAACCCCAAACUGGAGAAUGGAGACUACGGAGACCUGGCCAGAGCCCUGAAGAAGGUUGUCGGUAAAGAUGCCAAUGUGAUGCUGGUGUCAAUGGCAGCCAAAUGUCUGGCUGGACUGGCGACUGGUCUCAGGAAGAAGUUUGGGACAUAUGCAGGACAAGUGGUUCCGACUAUUUUGGAGAAGUUCAAGGAGAAAAAGCCUCAGGUUGUCCAGGCCCUGCAGGAGGCUAUUGACGCCAUCUUUCUCACUACCACUCUCAGUAACCUGUCAGAGGACAUCCUGUCUGUAAUGGACAAUAAGAACCCCUCCAUUAAGCAGCAGGCCUCUCUGUUUCUGGCCCGUUCCAUGAGACACUGCACACAGGCUGCGCUGCCCAAGAGUGUCCUCAAACCCUUCUGUGCCGCUCUAAUCAAGCAAGUCAACGACUCAGCUCCAGAAGUGCGUGACGCCGCCUUCGAAGCUUUGGGGACAGCAAUGAAAGUGGUGGGAGAGAAAGCAGUGAACCCUUUCCUGACUGACUUGGAUAAACUCAAACUGGAUAAGAUAAAGGAGAGUGCUGAUAAAGUGGAGCUUGCUGGAGGGAAGAAGGGUGCAGGAGGUGGAGGUGGGGACAAGAAGCCAGCAGCUAAAGCUCCUCCCUCUGCUGAAGCUGCACCCAAAUCCUCUGCCCCACCCAGGAAGACCCAAAGUGCUGCUGCCAGCAAGCCUUCGGCAGGUCCAUCUAAGAAAGGCAAACCGUCCUCUGCAGCCAGUGGAAAAGCCAAGAAGACCUCUGAGAGCAAAGACUUCACAGAGAGUGAACUGUCUGUUGAGGUGUGUGAGGAUCUGGCAGCAGGUGUACUUCCUGCCUCCUGUCUACAGCAGCUGGACUCCGCCAACUGGAAGGAGAGACUGGCUAGCAUGGAGGAGUUCCAGAGGGCUGUUGAGACCAUGGAUAAGGCUGCUAUGCCCUGCCAGGCUUUAGUCAGGAUGUUGGCCAAGAAACCGGGCUGGAAGGAGACUAACUUCCAGGUGAUGCAGAUGAAGCUGCACAUUGUGGCGCUUAUAGCUCAGAGAGGACAGUUCUCAAAGACAUCAGCCUCUGUGGUUUUGGACGGCUUAGUGGACAAGGUCGGAGAUGUCAAAUGUGGCGGAAAUGCCAAAGAGGGACUAACUGCUAUUGGAGAGGCCUGCUCACUACCGUGGACUGCAGAACAGGUUGUGUCUAUGGCGUUUGCACAGAAGAACCCCAAAAACCAGGCAGAGACUCUCAACUGGUUGGCUAAUGCCAUGAAGGAGUUUGGCUUUGCUGGUAUCAAUGUGAAGGGUUUCAUUAACAACGUGAAGACUGCUCUUGGAGCGACUAACCCUGCUGUUCGGACGGCUGCCAUCACCCUGCUGGGAGUCAUGUACCUCUACAUGGGAGCCCCCCUGCGCAUGUUCUUUGAGGAUGAGAAGCCCGCUCUCCUCUCUCAGAUAGAUGCUGAGUUUGAGAAGAUGCAGGGCCAGUCUCCACCAGCUCCAAUCCGAUUCACCAGGAAGUCAGCGGCAGAAGAGGAGGCUGAUGAUGGUGAGGAGCAGGAAGAAGAUGGAGGAGGAGGAGGAGGAGGAGGGGGAGGACAGGACGUCAUGGAUCUGCUGCCCAGGACAGAUAUCAGCGACAAGAUCACGUCCGAUCUGGUGUCUAAAAUCGAGGAUAAGAACUGGAAGAUCAGAAAGGAGGGUCUGGACGAGGCUGCAGCAAUCAUCUCAGACGCAAAGUUCAUCACACCCAACAUCGGAGAGCUGCCCCUGGCCCUGAAAGGACGACUGGGUGACUCCAACAAGAUCCUGGUCCAACAGACCCUGACCAUCCUGCAGCAGCUGGCUACAGCCAUGGGAUCUGGGCUAAAGCAACACAUUAAAGCACUGGGAAUCCCCAUUAUCACUGUUCUGGGAGACAGCAAGGUGAAUGUAAGGACGGCUGCCAUGACCACUCUGCAGUCCUGGGUGGAGCAGACUGGGAUGAAGGAGUGGCUGGAAGGAGAGGACCUGUCAGAGGAGCUGAGGAGAGAGAAUCCCUUCCUACGACAGGAGGUGCUAGGCUGGUUAGCAGAGAAGCUGCCAACACUGAGGACAGUACCCGGGGACCUGAUGCUGUGUGUCCCACUGCUCUACACCUGUCUGGAGGACAGAAAUGGAGACGUUCGGAAGAAAGCUCAGGACGCUCUGCCCACCUUCAUGAUGCACCUGGGCUAUGACAAGAUGACCAAGGCUGCUGGGAAACUCAAACCUGCCUCUAAGGAUCAGGUGCUAGCCAUGUUGGAAAAGGCUAGGGCAGUGAUGCCGGCUAAACCUGCUGCUCCUGCCAAAGCUGGAGGGGGAAAAGGCUCUGCAGAGCCAAGCAGAGCUGCUUCAGCCUCCAGGUCUCAGCCAGCUAGUAAUGAAGUUGACGGUAAACCUGAAGCUAAGAAGGUCAGAGGAGGAGUGGCUGCUAAGAAGGGUGCAGCUGCUAAGAAGCCUGCAGCCAAAAACCUGAAGGAUGAGGAAGAUCGGUCUGGACCUAUCUUCAUUCUCACCCCCAACGCUAAGGAGCAGAGGAUCAAAGAGGAGAAGCAGUUGAAGAUUUUGAAGUGGAACUUCAUCACUCCUCGAGACGAAUAUGUGGAGCAGCUGAAAACUCAGAUGUCCACCUGCUUUGCGAAGUGGCUGCAGGAUGAGCUCUUUCACUUUGACUUCCAGAGACACGUCAAAGCUAUAGGAGUCAUGAUUGAGAGGUUGGAGAGUGAGAGGGAAGCCACCAUCGGCUGUCUGGACCUGAUUCUGAAGUGGUUCACCCUGCGCUUCUUUGACACCAACACCACAGUCCUGAUGAAGGUGCUGGAGUAUCUGAAGCUGCUCUUUGCCAUGCUGAAUAGAGAGAACUAUCACCUGACUGAGUACGAGGCCAACUCUUUCGCCCCCUACCUCAUACUAAAGGUUGGAGAGUCAAAGGAUGGGGUUCGCAAAGAUGUUCGAGCCAUACUGACCAUGCUGUGUAAGGUUUACCCAGCAUCCAAGGUCUUCCCUUUCCUCAUGGAUGGCACGAAGUCCAAGAAUUCCAAACAGAGGGCUGAAUGUCUGGAGGAGUUGGGUUGUCUGAUAGAAGGCUAUGGGAUGAAUGUAUGCCAACCGACUCCAGCCAAGUCUCUGAAGGAGAUUGCUGUUCACAUAGGUGACAGGGACACAUCAGUCCGCAAUGCUGCCCUGAACACUGUGGUGGCCGUCUACAACGUCUGUGGGGACCAAGUCUACAAACUAAUAGGAAAUUUGUCAGAGAAAGACAUGAGCAUGCUAGAGGAGAGAAUCAAGCGUUCAGCCAAGAAGACUCCUGCAGCUCCUGCCAAGCAGAGUGCUACGGAGAGGCCUCAGAGAGAGCAGCCAGCUAACCCCAACGCCACCUUCCUCCGCAAGCCUGCACAGGAAGACCCCAACAAACUCAA